AUGCGCAGUUCAAUCUCCCAGCUCUUCUCGGCAGCACCAGACCACGAUGCCAGAGGGCGUAACACACACCAGCUCACGGCGGCAGGACCAGCAACUUCCCCUACACUACAAUGCACUAACGGUUAUGCAGGACACAGUGGAUCAAUUAAAGAUGUAUCAAAGACAGACUGGAAUUCCCGCAUCGGGGACGGAACAGCGCAACACAACGGGACUCUCGGGCGAGGGACGUCCGAAACGGCAGAGACCGACUCAUCAGGGACCGGGGGGAUGCGGGACGCGCUGGAGGGGCCGGGCUCAACGCCGAACGACAUUAUUCACCUCAAGAGACGGGUGGGACUCUUCAGUGGGGUUGCUUUAAUUGUCGGCACCAUGAUCGGGUCCGGAAUUUUCGUGUCGCCAUCUGGUUUACUGGUGAGAACUGGUUCCAUUGGUGUGAGCUUUAUCAUCUGGAUGGCCUGUGGGUUGCUCUCGUUGUUAGGUGCAUUGGCGUACGCUGAGUUAGGCACGAUGAAUACAUCAUCCGGAGCAGAAUGGGCAUACUUUAUGGACGCGUUCGGGGCCUGGCCGGCUUUCCUGUUCUCGUGGGUGUCGACGCUUGUGCUAAAACCGUCCCAGAUGGCGAUCAUCUGCCUGUCAUUCGCGCAGUACGCCGUCGAAGCGUUCGUCUCGGAAUGUGAUCCGCCACUUGCGGUCGUGAAAAUGGUCGCGAUCCUUGCGAUUGUGAGCAUCCUGUUCGUGAACUGUUACAGCGUAAAUCUCGGCAUGGCGGUACAGAACGUGUUCACGUCGGCCAAGUUGAUCGCGGUGUUGAUCGUGAUUUGUGGCGGUGCGUAUAAGCUGUGUCAGGGUAACACCCAACACCUGCAGAAUGCGUUCACUGGCACUACACCUUCGCUAGGUGCGAUCGCCACCGCAUUCUACACCGGUCUGUGGGCGUACGAUGGUUGGAACAAUCUCAACUACGUUACGGAGGAGAUCCAAAAUCCGAGCAAAAACCUCCCUCGUUCGAUCAUCAUCGGCAUCCCGCUGGUGACACUGUGUUAUGCGUUGAUCAACGUCUCCUAUUUGGCGGCUAUGUCUCCGACGGAAAUGAUUGAAUCGGAAGCGGUCGCGGUUACGUUUGGUAACCGCAUUCUCGGAGUGAUGGCAUGGCUUAUGCCACUCAGUGUCACUAUCAGUACGUUCGGUAGUGCUAAUGGCACCUUGUUUGCUGCUGGACGGCUCUGUUUUGCGGCCAGUCGUGAAGGACAUCUGCUGGACAUUCUAUCGUACGUGCACGUUCGUCGCCUCACACCAGCACCUGGUUUGAUCUUUCAUUCUCUCAUUGCGGGCGCGAUGGUGCUCUACGGAACGAUCGAUUCGCUGAUCGAUUUCUUCAGCUUCACCGCGUGGAUCUUCUACGGUGGUGCCAUGGUCGCUCUGAUUGUGAUGCGCUACACCAAACCCAACUACCCGAGGCCCUACAAAGUCCCACUUAUCAUUCCAAUUCUGGUUAUGGUCAUUUCCGGCUACCUUGUGGCGGCUCCCAUCAUCGAGAAACCACAGAUCGAGUACCUGUACGCAGUGCUGUUCAUACUGGCCGGUUUGAUCUUCUACGUUCCCUUUGUGCACUACGGGUAUCAUCCAAAGUUCAUGGAUAACGUGACGCUCUUUUUCCAAAUGCUAUUCGAAGUGGUCCCAACGACUACGAUGGCGAUGUUCGACUAGACAGACCCGGCAUCCAUCCUCCUGUGCUAACGGCGUGAGAGCUGCUACAAUCAUCAUUAUCCCGGGUAGUUCGUCAACUCAUCCCGGUAGUAGCCGGCGGGAGGUGCAACCGUACUUAAUCGCAAGCAAAUCUAAUCUCUAACCCGCUUCACAUCAUGACUGGAACUGGAAUUGGACGCCGGCAGCAAUAUUUUGGCCACCGAGGAGUGUCCCUGCACUCCGGACUGUUUCGAGCGUGAGUGUGAAAGCCGGAAUGGGCGUGAAAAGGCAUUGUUCGCCACCCAACACGUGGGGGCGACGGCAUACACACACACAAUUUUAUCGCAACAUAGCAAUAACGUAUUACCGUAUCUUUGGUGUAAUCGUGCGUAGAAAUAUUGUCGUUUUAGCUGCUAAAUACAGGGCAAGCACACAACUGGUAGGGCGUCUACUUAGCUUGGCAGGAGGUGUUGAGGGAUUGUGCACAAACGAAGGUGUCUCUAUGGCAGGGUUGUGUGCCAAAAGCGCAGGAUCAGGCGAAAGGAUACGAAACAGUCUCGCGUGACUACUAGGGAACCGGAUCUAGACCGGAAUGGAGCUCAUUGCCACGGUUGAUGAUGGCUUUUUGUGACGCCACUCGAGCGAUCUUGCUCGAAAUAGGAGUGAAUUUUUACAGCGCGAAAGGACGAAACUUGAUGGAGUGAAAAAGAGAAAGACCUGUAACCGGUGAGGGCGCGAGGCGUUGGACGUUUAUUGGAUACACUUAUGAUUACUGUUGUACUUUAAUUCGUAACCCACUCAAAAGACUAAACUUUAUGCAGAGAAGGUAACCGCGAGGACAGUCGAAGGCGAGCGAAGGAAUGAGUUUGGGGGAGUUACUCCUUCGGUUAGGACCUUCGCGGUCGUUAAGCUGCACGGAUCAUUCCCAAAUGGCCGUUCCGUGGUUGUGAUACGCUAUGCGGAAGCAGAGAAGGGCGACUACGUGGGACGGCCAUUUCCGUCGUCGGUUUAGUGCAGGAUCCGACGAACAAUGCGGUUGGAAGAUGCGGGCGGACAGAUGAUCCGGAAGGUCCGAUCGGUGCACCAUGGAGCUAUCAUUCCGCACCGGCGGACCGACGUCUUUGGCCACCACUCUUCCGGCCGACAUACACCAUCGCAGUGCCAUCGAUUGCCCUCUCGCGGCCGACGCCGCCAGGACUCGUCAGAUCCACGUUUGGUGGGAUUAUUCGAACGUUCGAACAUGAACACCUUUUUGACAGUGCGUUACGUGCGUGGGUGGUGGAUACCUGAUUCACACCAACAGUGCAGGCGUGCUUGAAUAAGCGAGAAAUAAGCGAGAUUGAACGACACAAAACACCUGAAAUGAAGCACACCAAUACAACUCACCUCGUGCGCGGCUACAAAUUUGAUACGAUCGUUUUUUUUCUACAAAAAAAAAGAGGAAAAGAGCAGAACAAGGACAAAAACCACUCAAAGGACGAGGAACAAAAGAAGUAAAACAAGAUAAAAAUAUGGUAGUAUCCCAGAAACUAGAAACAAUCACGUUUUUCCUACAUGAGAGAGCAAAAUAGAGCAAGCUAAAGAGUAGAAAAGAGACAGGGAAAAUGAGCUAGAGAAAGAGUGCUAGGAAAUCGAGUUGAAAAAAAUAAUGACGAAACGAAGGGUUUUGUUGUGUUUUUCAACCUCCUGCUGGAGGAGGUGUAGCGCGAGGUGGCUGAGAAGAGAGGGAGGAAUAGUAACGAAGAACCUGCAGCAGUGAUUAGAGAAUGAUAAACUGUUUAUUUGUGUUAAAUUAUAGUUUUUUGCAAAUUUAUGAAUAAAGAGACGUUAUUUAUAUAAUGCCAAUUGCAAAAC